AUGACAGUUGUACCUAGUUCCAAAAGGGGCCCAUGGUCAGACAAGGCCUCAGCAAUCAUGGGAGAGCAACUGGGGUAUGGGUGGGUGGGGGGGGGAGAAGUUGUCCUGCAGGGGGCCCCACAUGUCUUUCUGACCAAUGAAAAGGCUAACAGCGUCUUAACACGCCUAAGACGUGCAAAUGGCUUCUGGGAGGAAUUUAAAGAAGGUAAUGUGGAGAGAGAAUGCAUUGAAGAAAGGUGUUCAUAUGAAGAAGUCAGAGAAAUUUAUGAAGAUGACCAGAAAACUGAUGAAUACUGGAGUAAAUAUGUAGACGGGGAUCAGUGUGAAUCCAGCCCUUGCAGGCAUGGUGGCUCCUGUCGUGAUGGUGUCGGGCAGUAUGAGUGCGUCUGCCAUCAAGGUUACAAAGGCAUCAACUGUGAGAUUGUUAUCCCAAAGCUAUGCAGUCUGGACAAUGGAGGCUGCCAGCACUACUGCCGGGUCCAGCGAGACCGUGUCAAGUGUUCCUGUGCAGACGGCUAUGCGCUUGGACUUGGUGAUAAAGCAUGUUUUGCACAAGUUCCUCAUCCUUGUGGGACCACUGCUCAACACCGAGUCCAAAGGUCAGCUGUCGACAAUGAUCCUGUGCCAACCAACAGCACUGCACCAACUAACAGCAGCGCAACAAAUGAUACCAAUGCCCAACCUAGCGACCCUGGAAACAUCUUAUCUGAUCCCAGUGGAAAUGUUGAAAGGAUCCUGGAUGGACAAGAUUGUCCCUUGGGAGAGUGUCCGUGGCAGGUUCUUCUAAUUGAUGAGACUGGCAAAGGGUUUUGCGGAGGCACAAUUCUAAGUGAGACUUUAGUGGUGACUGCAGCCCAUUGUCUGAACCAGACAGCAACCAUCACUGCUGUUGUUGGUGAGUUUGAUGUUAAGAAAGAGGAGCAUACAGAACAGCGAAUAGAGGUUGUGGCAGCAGUUCCCCACCAUAAGUUCUACCGCAAAACUUAUGACAAUGAUAUUGCAGUCCUGAUAUUGAAGAACCCUGUGCAAUUCAAUGAGAAUGUUGUCCCAAUCUGCCUGCCCCAAAGAGACUUUACAGAAACGGUCUUGAUGAAAUUGCCAACUGCCUUAGUAAGUGGUUGGGGCCGUGUCCUCGACCAUGGGAUGACAGCCGACAAACUCCAGCGCAUCAUGGUGCCAUAUGUCGAUCGGACAAGUUGCAUCGAAUCCAGCAAGUACCCUGUGUCUCCGAACAUGUUCUGUGCUGGCUACAAGGACGAGAUCAAAGAUGCCUGCCAAGGAGACAGUGGUGGACCCCAUGUUACCCAACACAAGGAAACCUGGUUCUUGACCGGCAUUGUGAGCUGGGGAGAAGGAUGCGGACAGAAAGGGAAAUAUGGCAUCUACACAAAGGUGUCAAAGUACAUAGGGUGGCUCAGAAGGGUUAUUAGAGAGAUGUCCAUUGAUCAUAACAGGAACAUAAGCUCAACAAUCUAG